AUGGAAGAGGCAAAAAUAAUUCCAAGAGAUCCAAACGGUUCUGAGGGUUCAUCCUCAAGGGAAGAUAGUACAUCGCAAGAAUCUGAACAGCCCAAUCACCGGAUUGCUAAAAUACCUUAUCAGGGCACUGAUCAACUAGCUAAUCAGUUAUGUGGUCGACUACCUAAACCAUAUCUCAGGGUUGAUGAAAUACUUAUAAGUGCAGAUGCUUCAAAAAAUAUGUGCCGUAUAUGUCUAAGUCGGGACCGAACUUUAUACAAAAUAAAAUACCCAGCAAUGGCGAAGGUGCUUAGAGUCGUCACGGGGCAAGAGUUGGAUACAAUGGAAGCGUAUCAUCCGCCCGGCUUUGCUUGCUCAGACUGUAACGACUUAAUGGAUGCGUUUUCCACAUUUAGAUGUGACGCGAGAAUCGCAAAUCUUAAUUUAAUGUCUGGCAUACGGUAUGUUGCUGGGAUAGCACCAGACCCUGAAACGUGGUAG